CACUGUCAAGUGUUAACUUUAUCAGUUUGUUGUUGUACGUCAACACGUCACUUCACUGAUACUAAAUAGAUAGCUCAAAAAAAUUAAUUUUGAAAAUAAGUUAUUAAAGAUUGCCACAUAGGCACUGUCUCAUUUAAGUAAACCAAGAUUAAAACCAAAAUAAAAAAUGAGUAUGGAAAGCCGAGUGAUAUUGGUGACUGGAGGAUCGGGGCUAGUUGGUCAGGCGAUAAAAACAGUAAUCGAGGAAGAAAAGUCGCAAAAUAAUGAGAAUUCAAAAGAUGAAACUUGGAUAUUUUGUGGAUCUAAGGAUGGGGACCUCAGAGAUAAGGCACAAACGGAUGCUUUGUUCGAGAGACAUCGACCCACACAUGUGAUACAUUUAGCCGCCAUGGUGGGGGGACUCUUCCAUAACAUGGCACACAAUUUAGAUUUCUUUAGACAGAAUAUGGCUAUAAACGAUAAUGUGCUGAAUGCCAGCCAUAAACAUAAUGUCAAGAAAGUAGUGUCCUGUCUGUCCACUUGUAUAUUCCCUGAUAAGACUACAUAUCCAAUUGAUGAGACUAUGGUGCAUAAUGGCCCUCCUCACACUUCAAACUUUGGUUACAGCUAUGCGAAGAGAAUGAUUGAUAUACUAAACAGAGGUUACCAAGAGAUGUACGGCUGCAAGUUCACGUCGGUGGUCCCGUGCAACGUGUUCGGCCCCAACGACAACUUCGACCUGCAGGCGAGCCACGUCAUCCCCGCACUCAUCCGGAGGAUGGACGACGCUAUGCAGAAAGGAGACCAUCAGUUCACGGUGAUGGGCAGCGGGCGGCCGCUGCGCCAGUUUAUAUACUCGCUGGACCUGGCGCGGCUCUUCGUCUGGGUGCUAAGGAACUAUGAUAGCGUCGAACCUAUUAUAUUGUCAGUUGACGAAGAAGACGAGGUCCCGAUAAGUACGGUGGCUGAGAUGAUAAAGAAAGCUCAUGGGUACUCCGGCGAGAUAGUCUACGACACCACGAAGGCAGACGGCCAGUAUAAGAAAACAGCUUCGAAUAAGAAACUCAGGAGUUUAUACAAAGACUUCAAGUUCACUCCGUUUGAGACCGCCAUACACGACACCGUUGCAUGGUACAAACAAAACCGAGAACACGCCAGAUUAUAAAAAAAAUAUUUAAUCUUAUUACAUUAUGUACCGUUAAAGUAUCUUUUGUUAUUAUCAAGAUCAUUUUAUGUAUUUAGUAAACAGAUUACAAUCGUCAAUUUUAAAUAAUUAUUAAAUUCCAUGCGCAUACGCAUUGUAUAUCCAUUUAAGUAAUAACUAUAGUUCGAGUUGGACGAUGGUAUUAAAAAUGUUAUCAUUGUAAAAUAAAUAGCAGGAAAUAUAUCCGUUGGGUUGAGAAACUAUUUUUAAAAUUAUUUAUAUAUAACUAUUUAUUUUUUCUAUUUCAAUGAAGACAGUAUCACAAUGUCUCUCGCACCAAACGAGGAUCAUCGUCUAUGGAUUGUCCUUAUCGAGUAGUUCCGACAGUCCAGGAACUAUGUGAAACUCAGAACUAUGUGACGCUCCUCGGCCAAGCUUUAGUCCUAAUAAUUCAUUCCGUUACAAUAUCUGACUAUGUUCCUUUAGUGAUCACUAGACUGAGUCCUGAGUCACGACGCAUGGCGCUAGCGGAGUCGGGUGCGCGGGCGCCAAGUACCGCGCCGUAGUGCGCGGGCGCCAAGUACCGCGCCGUAGUGCGCGGGCGCCAAGUACCGCGCCGUAGUGCGCGGGCGCCAAGUACCGCGCCGUAGUGCGCGGGCGCCAAGUACCGCGCCGUAGUGCGCGGGCGCCAAGUACCGCGCCGUAGUGCGCGGGCGCCAAGUACCGCGCCGUAGUGCGCGGGCGCCAAGUACCGCGCCGUAGUGCGCGGGCGCCAAGUACCGCGCCGUAGAGCGCGGGCUCCAAGUACCGCGCCGUAGUGCGCGGGCGCCAAGUACCGGCCGAGUGUAACACUGUGCAAUGUGCAUAUAGUUGUCCGCGCGGGAACUAGCUCCGCUUGCGCCAUGCCCAAUCUGUCCGUUGCAUUGCGUCGCGACGACGCGCAGUGGACGAAUGGGGCCUCGCUCUAAAUAUAGGAAGUACUUAUAAAAAGUAAUAUAUUUUUCCAAAUAAAAAUCUUAGUAAAA